AUGGACCACCAAAACGCUGAUAGCAGCAUUCAAUCCGCGGAUGGAUUCAACAAAUUUGACAGUGAGAAAGGCAUACAUAGCCUCGCGCCGUCGAACUCCCUCUCAAAAAUUGAAUCCCCAGCCCGCGGCUCUAUUUCGGAGAUUGAACAACAAAGAAUUGUCCGGGGAAAUGAGAAAUUCCACCGUCUUGGUUGGAAGCGUCUUACUGUAGUGUUGUUUGUCGAGGCCAUUGCUCUUGGAUGUCUCAGUUUUCCCAAGUCAUUCGCAACUCUCGGCAUGGUCGGAGGUGUCGUCGCCUCGAUUGGAAUUGGAAUUGUUGCAACUUAUGCUAGCUAUGAGGUCGGCGCCGUCAAAGUGAAAUACCCUCACGUGGAGCACUACGGUGACAUCGGGAGGCUCAUGCUAGGCGAGUGGGGCUUCUGGAUCAUCACAGUCGUCUUGAUCCUCUCUGUUACAUUGACAGUCGGCUCACACACACUCACUGGUAUUAUCGCGUUGAAAAGCAUCACCCAAAGUGAUGUUUGCGCGGUUAUAUUCGGACUUGUUUCGACAAUCAUCCUGCUCUUGUUCGCCAUUCCACCGAGUUUUGCAGAUAUAGCCAUUCUGGGCUACAUUGAUAUUGUUUCUAUCUUGACGGCUGUGGGAAUCACAAUCAUUGCCACGGGAAUACAGAGUUCCAAAGCUCAGGCGGGCACCGACCUUCCAAGGUCAAAUUGGUCUGCCUGGCCUAAAGAGGACACCGAUUUUGCAUCAGCCAUGGUGGCAAUCAACAACAUUGUCUUCGCAUAUACCUUUGCUCCUGCGCUGCCAUCCUUCUUGAGCGAGAUGCAUACCCCGAAAGACUAUGUCAAAUCUGUGUAUUCACUGGGGGCUAUUGAGAUCGUCCUUUACACUCUUAUUGGGUCACUUGUUUACGUUUUUGUUGGACAAGACGUGGAAUCACCAGCCCUAUUAUCGGCUGGACAUCUCAUCUCGAGAAUCGCGUUCGGCAUCGCUCUUCCGGUCAUUUUUAUCUCGGGCUCUAUAAACACCAGUGUCAUUGCACGCUACAUUCACGGUUAUGUGUACCGUUACUCCGUUGUGCGAUACGUGAACACGAAAACGGGCUGGAUUACUUGGAUCGCGCUCGUGUCGGUCGUGUCAUUUAUUGCAUGGAUCAUCGCCGAAGCUAUUCCGGUGUUCUCGAGCAUUUUGUCUAUCAGUGGUGCACUGUUCAGCUCAGGUCUAUGCUUCUACGUUCCCUCGAUCAUUUGGUUUGUUCUAAUCCGGGAGGGCAAGUGGUAUCACAACCUUCCCAGAGCCCUUGCGAAUGGGUUUGUGUUUUUGUUUGGUCUGGGAGUUCUGGGAUGCGGCAUGUAUGCCAACGUGAUCGUUCUGGUAAGACCUCUGAAGCACCCGCAGCUACUACGGUAG